CCCACAUAUCGGAUGACUCGCCCCUCCCUCUUUUUAAACAAGUGUAUUACGCGGAACAGUCGUGAUUAAACGUUAUUUUGGGGGAUAUUAAUUUUUGUGGUUUGUUGAUAGCUGACAGCUAGGCUUGCAAUGUUUUUCAUUCACUUCGCACUUCCUCACAUUUACGAAUUUCCUGCUAAGUCAAUAAUGCAUGGCACCUUUCAUUCAUAGUUGCUAACGCUAAUUUGGGACUGGCCAAACUGAUUGCCAUUGCCUGAGCAGAAUUUGGUAGACCUAUUAAACGUAUUUUACGUUUACACUCCUAUUCACUGGAGUAAACUAAAAGCCGAAAUGUACUGUUUCUUUUCGUUUUUAUUUCCAGAGAACAUAGGUUGCUCGUGACAAAAGGUAACUGGUCAAUCGAAUAAGGACAACUGCUUCAAAUAUUUUUGAUAUACGAUCGGUAGUAAAUUCCAACCACUAUGGAUUACGAACAUAAAGCGAAGUUGGUGGCUGAAUGUUUGCAGAGCUACAGGAAGGAUGAAUCCGGUUGGAAGGUCUGCAAAAAAUCGAACGACGUGGUUGUGUCAUGGCGACCUUCUUCCGAGUUCCCAGGGAAUGUCUAUAAAGGGGAUGGAGUUAUAAAUGACAGCCUGGAGAAGGUUUGGGAGUGUCUGAAGCCUGUCCCGAAAGGGCUCAGAGUCAAGUGGGACAAUAACGUGAAGAAGUUUGAAGUUUUGGAACAAAUCACUGAGGACAUCUCUAUCUGCAGAACAGUCACGCCCUCAGCAGCUAUGGGUAUCAUAGCGCCUCGAGAUUUUGUCGAUGUUAUUGUAAUCAGGCAGUAUGAAGAUGGCACAAUUUCAUCCAAUGCCACGAAUGUGAGUCAUCAAGGCUGCCCCAUUCAGUCUGGCUAUGUGAGAGGGCUCAACUAUCCGUGUGGUUGUAUCUGUGUCCCGAUAUCAGCAGAGCCCAAAAAAACCCAGGUCCUCACUUUCUUCCAGACUGACCUUGGCGGCUUACUGCCUCGCUCAGUGGUUGACUCCUUUUUCCCCUCCAGCAUGACAGAGUUCUACGGCAACCUGACCAAGGCUGUCAAAUCUGUUUGACUUUCCAUCCAUUUUCUCUCUCUCUCAUCAUCGUUAGCGUGGCAGGUGAGCUGGAAGCUAUUGCAAUUGACAUGCAAGGCGGGUUACCCCCUUGAAGGUUUUCCAGUCAAUUGCAGAGAUUAUACUGUGUCGUAGUCAGAAUGGUGGAUAUUUUGAGACCCAAAUUCAAAAUCCCACUUUUAUUUCAUGCUAUUUCCAACUCGAUGUGUGUCCGACAACUCAGAACAGGGCAAAUUUUGCUUGAAGCCACCCGCUUUUCAAGUGAGCAAAAGUAAAAUGGAACAGACAUUAUUAAAGUAACUGAUAUUUGGUGGUGUAACUCAGUGGUCCUCAACCUUUACUCUGCCACGGUUCAGAUUAUACAAAUCCAUACCCUUUGCGGGCUGGAAACCAUACCCUGACCUGAUAGGGGUUGGGGGCCUAGGGAAGGAAGGCUGUGUGCUGGCGUUUGUUGUUGGGGGGGCUUUGUAGUGGCGGGGGUAUGAUUUCUGGAGGGACUGCAAUGCUACAACACUAAUAUCAAAUCCACUGUGUUUUUCCCACCAAUGUCGAAUGACUUUUUAGACUUAGAAAUGUACCGGUAGUUAGCCACCAAAUAUGAAACUUUCAAGGCGCUUAAAUGCGUUGACGAAUCAGUUAAAGGCUUUAUUGACGCAACGGAGAGCUCCUCGCCACAUAUUUUGCAAAGAAUGGAAAUUACAAUCGACUGAUGAAGUGAAUUUUCUUCAAAUCACAAAUAUUCACACACAAACACUGUGGAAACACACGCACAAAGGUAAGAUAACACUACUCAAAAGGCACAAAUUCUUCCCAGUCUGUGAUUUGUGAGUUCCAUCCUUGCACGGACGGGCACCACACUGCCCAAAAUGCUCAGGAACAGCGUGUAUUUUUUAGUUUGUUUGUUGUUUCAAUUGCCAUUAUUGCAAUGUUUUUAUUUACCCAAUGACAUUUAUUAUUUCGUCCUUUCAAGUUGUAUGUAAAGUUCAAGGAUUUACACAAUGAAUGUUUGUGCGAUAGCUCCGUUUGAUUUUUCCCUCUUCUCUCAGCUUCAAAACUCUUUUGGGCUUCAUGCUAGCUUCACAUCAAGUGCAGUUUUUACAGGGGCAACCCAAAGCAAGAAACAGGCACCAUCUGAUGUUUAACCCAUCAAUCUAAAAGGCAACCCCUGACCUGUCAGUCACGUGUUCCAAUACUUUUGCUCACUUGAAAAGUGCAUGGCUUCAACAAAAGAUGCCGAGUUGUUUUUACAUGUACAGAUGUAAAUGCCAUGAAAAAAAAAAAUACACACACACACACACACGACAUGGGCAUGUGUUUCUGUUUUGAAAAAAGGCUAUUUUGAUAGCCUUCAACAGUCAGAAUUGAAGCUGUUUGAUUUAUCUUGUGUGUUACCUUGGUCAUCUUGUUUCCGAUGUAGAGAGUAAAGCCUCUGUUAGAUUGCCAAUCAAAAUGUCUUUUUUUCUGUUAGGACUCUGUGGUGAAAGCAAGCAAGUAUAUCCAUGAGAUGUACUUAUUGAAUCAUAACUGCAUAGAGUCACAAAUCCUGAAGAACAUAGAUAAUUAAGCAUGUAUAUAUAACAUGUUGUAAUCUUCACCAUAGCUCUUUUUUAAACUACCAUUCCAUUGCUGUCCUGUGAAAUACAAGAUUGUCCAUUUUUUAAAAUUUUAACGUAAAUGGGGUAUGUCUGCGAUUUGGUCAUCUCAUUUUCGUUAAGAUUUUUUUUCUAAAUGACAAAAAUGGACACUUGUGUUUUUCACACGACGACGGUCAUUUGUUAUGCUUUCUGAGUUCUGAUAUCACGCCUUGACUGUAAGUAACUGUCUGCCUGAGAUGAUACGACCCUAUGAAGUUGUUGUAUGCGUGUAUUUUGUCAGAAUGAUCUAAGUUUGGUCUACAUCAAAUAAUUCAUUUCACACCAAAAUGGGUUGACUUCAUUACAAAUAUGGACUGACUAGAAAUCAGACAUUUUCCUUCAUUUUGUUUACACAAGGCUGUGUGUUAAAAAAAAGGUCACUCAGUAGGAGAGUACCGUAUUUUCUGCACUAUAAGGCUCAUUGGAUGAUGAGGGGCAUAGAAUGGAAGCUACAAUAGUGGCCGCUGUUGUGCUAUGCAUCCACUAAAUAGAGCUACACUAUAGGGAAUACAAUACAAUACA